CAUGCGCACUGGAGGCGUCCUCACAGAAAGGAACGGUUGAGCUGCGCGAGCUGCUUUCUGCGCCGAGCAGUGCGUCCACACACAGUGCGGCAGGAGGGAUGCGUUUCUGCGGCCAACGCGGGGGUUAUUUGUGUUGUCGAAAUAAAAAAUAGAUAUAGUUAUAAAGCGGUGGUAUGUGUUUACGGGUGUUAAUGAACACGUCCACGAAAAUAAAAGUAGGAACUUGCGCGGCUAACGUGAAGCCUGGAGGCAGGAAACGGUGAAGCUAGACACCUGGGGAUGAGAGUACAAAGCACGCCAGAGUGUUGAGAAAAGGUUCCACUCACCUGUACUGUAUGUGCCUUCAACUCUGACCUAAUCAUACAAACUCCAAUUUAACUCCUCUGGAUUUAGCUGGGAACCCCAAUUUGGAAAGAUGCCUAUCUUGAAGCAACUAGUGUCCGGCUCGUCUCAGACGAAGCGGCGCUCUCGCAUGGACCUUACCACGGAAAUGAUUAGUGCGCCCUUGGGAGAUUUUCGCCACACGAUGCAUGUGGGCAGGGGUGGCGAUGCUUUUGGGGACACAUCCUUUCUCAGCAGCCGCUCAGGCGAGCCCUCACAGGAUGUCAGUUCUAAUCCUCGGUCUCCUAAGCCGGGCCUACUGUCCAGAACCUUCAGAAGCAGCAAGCGAUCUCAGUCCGUCACUCGUGUGGACCAGCGGGACAGCACACAGCUACCUUCGGGUGGCUCGCCAACUUUUGUGAAGAAUGCCAUGUCGCUGCCUUUUCUAAACAAUGAGGGUGGGGAUACUGAGGGUGGUAGGUUGCUCAGGAGCCUAGCCUCCAGCCCCAUGAAACAGCAGGCCUCCAAUGGGGCAGCUGCUCAUAGCCUAGACCUCGAGCUCCAUGAGAGGUCCUUUGGGGAGCUGACCGACUUGCGACCCUCUCCAUCUUAUAAUGGAGGAGGCAUGAAGCAUGCCGAAUCAGUUAUGUCCUUUCAUGUCGACCUGGGUCCUUCUAUGCUAGGAGAUAUUCUAGAAGUCAUGGCAAAGGAAGAUGAUGACCUGGGCUUUGAAGAGGGCAAAAACAGUGAGGGGUGGGCUUCACCUUUUCCCAGCAACCAAGGAUUAGAUGAAGAAGAGGCAGAAGAAGGAAUGUUAGUGGAGGAGCUAAAAGUAGCGGAUGGGGAGGAGGAACAGGAGAUGGAUCUGGAGGUGGAACAUGAGGCCACUCUUCAUGCCCCCACUUCAGUAGACCUGGAAAUUAAAAGCGAGGUCACCAGCACUCCUGAGCCACACCACAAACACCUGCAGCACUCUGACAGCUGCUCUGUUUCCAGCUCUGGCUCACAUGCCAUGGAGGACAAACAACUCUGUCAGCCCUAUCAAGAAGACAUGAACAGUGGUAACUACAGCUACCACCCUGGGGAGGAAGGAGCCUUCUCAUCUUUCUUGGAGGACGAGGAUGACGAGAUCCGUGUGUGAGUCUCAAAGCCCUGUGGAAUGUUUAUGAGAAAGACAUGUAAGCAAUUGUGACCCCGUGGUAAUGAAACUGAAAGUCUAUAACUGCUCUUAGACCCUGUGUGGGAGGAGAGUAAAUUCUAUCUAAUGGCCCUACAAAGGACAUAAUCACACCACUGUCAGACAUGUUCACUUAGCCUGGGUCUGAGAGCUGCCACUUUUUGGACAUGUAAGUAGUGAGGAGGAGUAUUGAGGAUGGGAAAAGAUGGAGAAAAGAAAAGACUUUAAUGUUGUAACAUCAGUUGUCAUUGAAUAUUUGGACCCCAGCAUUUGGAAUUUUUGGUCAUGUGUACUACAGGUGCUGGCUAAUGGUAUCUUCCAACACGAGUAUAGUUUUCACUACACAAUACGGUUUAAAGGAGCACUCAUCUAAAUACUGAUCUGCCCACAGGACAUGUUCUGUUUCUGCCUGGCCUGUGAAUGAGUGCAAAAACUUUGACAGUAAUUACAAUAUUGUAGUGCGUGUGAAGGAUUUUGCUUACACAUCCUGUUACAGUGCCAUUAGGGCAGGUGACAGACAAGGAUGGGAAAUCAUUCUGUAUUAAAGAUCAAAUCCAGUAACUGAAAGGGAUGCAGUGGCAGAUGUUUUGUGAUCCAUUUGCCUGCACUAACUGUCCAUAAUUCUGUACUAGCAGUGGUGACAGCUGGGAAACUAUGUGUCGGGGGGGUGGGGGUUCAUGCUUGUAAAGGAUUUUGUACACUUGUUGCCUGUGUGGUGUCUUUAUCUCACCACUUCCUUCCUCAUCAUGUGACAGCAACUAUUUAGCUCUGCAGCUAGCUGGUUAUAGUGGGGCAGGAAUUAUGCCGUAUGAACAGUCGGUGUGAGAUCGGGUUUGGAAUUGGGGUUUUCCUACGUUGCAUUUUAUAGCAUAUUUGAUGAUGCUGCAUUAAUUAAAUUGGAAUCAGUUGUAAGAGGCAGUGUCAUAUUCCGCACCACUGUAUAGUGUUCAAAUCAUCUGGGUGAGGGAAAGUUGUACACUAACUAGUGUUUAGAUUCUUUUCUCUUUUUUUUUUUUUUUUCUUUCUUUCACAGAAUUCAUGUUGUAAAAUAUGUAUAUUUUAUGCCUUUACUGCUGCCUGGCCCACGCUGGUGUAUGUUCUUCUAUCAUAGCUUACUCAUUUCCACCAUUUGUAGGCCAAGGAGACUAGCUGUUAUGAAAAAGCGCUGAGUUGUAAGAAAUCCUUGCAGAGUGUUUGGCAGCUAGUUUGAUUUUAGCCUUAAAUAGAAAUGACAAAAGUGCCAAAUUUAAUCUGCUAUUUAAUCCGAAGUAAAUCUAGCAAUUUGUAUAUCAUUAAAAGGGGGAUUUUACAGUCUGGGUCCCUAAGUGACUUAUUCAAAUCAGGGGCUAAAGCCUUAUACUUAAUUCACUGAAAUGCUUAGCUCAAGUGUAUUUACUUAAACCACAGAAGAGACGAAUCACAAAAGUUCCAAGAUAUUUGCCUUUUUUUCCCGGAAAAUCUGUUUUGAAUAUAAGAAAGAAAAUAAGGGGAAACAGUUCCAGCUUCUUUGUUUUUUUUUUGCUGUGCCAGCUGAAUUUUAAAAUCAGAGGCCUGUUAGAAUCGAGGCUCCUGAAUCAUAACACUGUUUAUUAUUGCAUUUUGCUAGUUUUUCUUACUUAAUGUCUUCUUAUGCAUAUAUUUCUUGCUUGGAUGGCCUUGUUUUGAAAAUGUAACAUAACUAUAUUUUUCAAUAAAAGGAUGUUAUCACCAA